AUGGCUUCAAGCGUUAAACUAUGUACCGUCGACACGAUUACCUACUACAAAGAGGCCAUUUCUCAACUCAACACUGUCAUUGAACAUUCGGAUACACCGAUCGUACAGGACGAUGAAAUACCGAUGAUAGAGCUGUUAAAAAUUUCGCAGAUAAAAAGUGUGAAAAGGUUCACCGUUAUUAAUUCACCACUGUAUUACGACGAAGAUGUUACAAACUACGCUACUGUUAAUGGAAUCAAUAUUGAUUUGAGUGAAACGAAAUACCUUGCAAUAACCAAGCGUCAUGGCAAAUUCAAAUUUGAAGCUGUCACCGAUAUUCGUGUCCCAAAAAACACUAUUGGACUUAAUUCUCGACAAAGAAAGCGUGAUCGGCUUAAAUUAUACCAUACAUAUAACGUUAAACCAUCAGUUAAACAGCAUUCUAUUGUUGAUCUGUUUGAUCAAAAGUACAGCUUUAGAGCCAAAAUUGGUGGUGAAGACAAGAUGUUUGAAAAAAUAUUUGGUGAAGCGCUGCUAUCCAGAUUUUAUCCGAAGAAUUUUGUGCAACGAACCAAUAUGAAACAUGUCAAAGGAAUUCUGUUAUAUGGAGUACCAGGAACUGGAAAAACAUUGAUCGCUCGAACGAUGAGUGAAAUAUUAAGUGUGCUGCCAAAAGUAAUUAAUGGACCAGAAAUCUUGAGUAAAAUGCUCGGCAAUUCUAAGGCUAAAAUACGUCAGUUAUUUGAUGAAGCAAAGUCCGACCCCGAUGGAAAUCUUCAUCUUUUAAUAUUCGAAGAAAUCGAUGCUGUUUGCAAGCGACGAUCAGGAGACGAAGCUAAUGUACAUGAUUCCGUUGAGAACAAUAUUACUUCUCAGCUUUUAUGUAAAAUGGAUGGGUGGCAUCAGUUGAACAAUCUUUUAAUAAUAGCCACGAUAAACCGACCUAAUGCAAUUGAUCCCGCUCUCCUACGACCUGGUCGUCUAGAAAUUCAUAUUAAAAUUGAACCUCCCAACGACGAAGCACGUCUUAGUAUUUUUGACAUAUACACAAAAUCGCUGCUUCAAAAUAAUCUGUUACAUCAUGAUGUUAACCUAGAUCGAAUUAUUCACCAAACUCAAGGUUGGACGGGGGGCACAUAUUGA